GGCCUGUUUCUAAAGGAAGGCAUACAACCAUUGCAGACAUUUUUAGAUAAGAUUAAGGAAUUCUAUGAUGCAGAAAUCCAAGCCACAAAGUUUCAGGAACCAAAAGAAGCUGAAAAACAGAUCAAUGAUUAUAUAAAGAAAAAAACACAUGGAAAAAUUGUGGAAAUAGUCAAGGAUCUUGACCCAGAAACUGCCUUUGUUCUCACAAACUACAUAUUCUUUAAAGGUAACUGGAAGAUUCCAUUUGAUUCACAGCUCACAAGGGAAGAGGACUUCUUUGUGGAUCACAACACAACUGUCAAAGUCCAAAUGAUGCAGAGGACCGGUUGGUUUUACUCCUAUUUUGAUAGCCAGCUGUCUUGCCGAGUAUUGCAGAUAGACUAUAAUGGUACAGCCACCACUUUUUUUGUUUUGCCUGAUCCUGACAAAGAGAAGGAAUUGGAUGAGGCUCUGUCAAUAAAUACUCUAAACAAAUGGGCAAAAAAUGUAUACAGGUAA